AACAAGGCUUACAAAUAUAAUUAACUAGCUGGGACUACAACAACAACCCAACCGACCGACUACACUCACAGCAUUGUCCCCUAUCCUUUGCGCAUGCGACGCGACACAGGCGACGGCGGCUUUUGUCCUGGCAACAACAAAAACAAACAAGCAAUAUAAACAAAUUGCGUCAGUAGCAGCAAACUUAUAAAUAUGGAUGCAGAUGCGGAGAAUGUGGAGCUGCUGGGCGAAGAGGAGGAGCAGGCUGAUGAUCUAAAUGUGUCCUUUUUGCAGGAUAUCAUAAGCUUGGAACACUCCUUUGGCUAUGACUGCAAGCGUCUGUUUAAUAUGGUGCUGGUGGAUGCGGAUACGUUAAUCUUUGCCUCUGGUAACUUUUUGCAUUACUUUAGCAUAUCCAAGCGUGAGGUGACUUUUCGUGAAACUGUUUUCGGCUGCGGCAUAGGAUUUAUUACAAAAAACGAACGUCCGGAGUUCCAGAAUCUGUUUACUGUUGGGGAAAACGGACCCAAGCCUACCAUAUUUAUCUAUGAGUAUCCUUCGCAUGAUGUGCGCAUCAAACUACAACAUGCAGCCAAAUCCUGCUUUACGGCGGGCUCUUACAACUCCACUGGCGAGUUGUUUGCCUCACAGGCUGGCUAUCCGGAUUUUGUUAUAACCAUCUGGCGCUGGGAGCGUGCCGAGGUGGUGCUGCGCGCCAAAUCCUUUCAGAGCAACAUACUCUUUGUGCACUUUUCGGAGUAUAAUCCCAUACUGCUUUGCUCCUCCGGCUUGAGUCAUAUCAAGUUUUGGAAAAUGGCCAACACAUUUACAGGCUUGAAGCUCAAAGGCGACUUGGGCCGCUUUGGCAAGACGGACUUUAGCGAUAUAUGUGCUAUGUAUAUGCUGCCGGAUGAGAAUGUUAUAUCGGGCUGUGAUUGGGGCAACAUGCUGCUCUGGGAGGCGGGGUUGAUCAAGUUUGAAAUCUGUCGCAAAGGACGCAAGCCUUGCCACAUGAAGCCCAUAACGCGCAUUACCAUGAAGAAUGGCGAGGUGACCACCGUGGGCAUGGAUGGUUAUGUGCGUGUUUGGUUUUGGGAAACUGUCGACUUGGCUGAUCCACCCGAGGAUGAUUUGUUUGUGGAAAUUGAUCCUAUUUAUGAGUUUAAAAUAGCGGAAGUUGAGCUGCGUGCUAUGCAAAAGAUUGAACUUUUUAAUGAAGAGGACUUCAGCUACUACGCACAGGAUGGCAAUGGUGGCAUCUGGUUUUGUGACAUCAAUACCUUUGAUGUGCCCAGGCCACCGCAGCAGCUGUAUAGCUGUGUGGGUGGGCGUGUCAUAGCAGCGCAAAUGUCAUCGGUGUCGCCACAUAUGCUGGCGCUCUCCGAGGGCGGAAAAUUGUUUGUCUACGAGUAUGAGCAGCGUCGUCUGCUGCUGGAGAAACAAUUUCCCGCCAUUGGUGUUGAUAUACACUGGCUGGACACGCAAAUCUCUAGCAGCGGCAUGGAGCUGGUCGCUGGCUUUGAGGAUGGCAUACUGCGUCAGCUAUUUCUGGAUCUCAGCACACCCAGCCGCGCCACUGUGCAUCUGGUCAAAGCCUACAAAGCGCACACAGCGCCUAUAACAGCCAUCACUAUUAAUAGACAGCGUGAGCUACUGCUUAGCGCUUCAGCGGACAAGAGCAUGUUCAUCUAUACCAUGGGCAAUGAUAAGCAUGGGCUGGUGGAGCUCACCCCGCUGGGCUUUGUCGAAUUCAAGGGCAUUCCCUGUUGCUUCUACUGGCAUGAGGAGGAGCCUUGUGUUGUCCUCGUUGGCUGCAAGAGUGGCGAACUCUACGAGUACAACAUUCGCACCAACAUCAGCGAUGAUGACACAUAUCUAAGCUAUAAUAUCACCGAUGAGUCGCGUCUACGCAGCACACGUUUCGUCUCCGUUAAGAGUCGCAUACGUCGUGAUCUGAGGCGUGAGAAAAUUAAACGACGCAAGGAGAAGAAACGCGAUCGCAAGCUAAAGGAAAUUGAAAAGCUCAAGCAGGCAAAUCCAGGACUGCAGAUUGAUAUGGAAGCUGCGCUCGCUGACUCCGAGCCAGACGAAGAGGAGGAACCGCUGCAUAUACCCAGCAUACCCAAUCGCAUCAUUUGGCUGCGCUAUACCGAACGUGAUACCAUUUGGGUUUCCAUGACAGGCUACGAUGCGGGCUACAUCUAUGAGCUGCAAUUUGAUGCUCCAGAGCCUGUUAUAUGCACCAUGAUUGCAGAUGCGGAUGAUAUUGAAAUACACUCCUACAUAAUUAUCGAGGAUUUCCUCAUCUUUGGCAUGAUGAACGGCAGUCUGCGCCUCAAUCAUCUGAACCAGGAGAACUUUACGGAUCUAACUGACUAUCGCCUUUAUCCUGUGCAUGAUUCCUUAAAAGGCCUUAUACCGCGCAUUAUGCUAAGCUAUGAUGGCCAAUAUCUAGUGUCCGUUGGCUAUGAUGGCAAUGUCCUACUGUUUAAAUGGAAUGGACCCAAGAUAGUGCGAAAUUCGCUUAAGGACAAACUGCCUGCUAUGCCGGACAUAGGCGUCGUGGAGGAUAUACUUGACCCUGAAACACCCUCCAUGGAGCAGGAGAAAAUCAAUGCAGAGCUUAAACGCCAGCAGGAGGCGGCAGAGGCACACGAUCGGGAUGUGCUCAACAAAAUAGGCAUACUGCAAGCCGAUUAUUUUGAAAUAAUAAGACGCAAUGAUGAGCUGCCGCCUGGACUGCGUGCGUCGGACAAGGAUCUGUUGCUGGAUCCACGCACGACGCAACAAAUACGCGACGAGCUGCAAGCCGAACUGGAUGAUGUGCGUGAGGACUUGGCCUAUGAUCUGGAGUUUGCUCAAGUUGGACAUCGCAAGCUUUAUAAUCAUUUUCUCCUUGAGCUCGAUCAUGUGCCCUUUUCAGUGGCGCCACUACGUUCCGAUUCGCCUGCUGUGGCUACAUUUCGUCUGCAGUCACUUGGCGAAGAAUUCGAGCAAAUCAAACGCGAUAUUGAAGAGCGUUUAAAGCAGGAGCUGGAUAUGGGUUUGACUGAAAUGGUGGCCUCUGAGGAGAAGGUCGACUCGAUAAGUGGUCCACCGGCAGAAACAUUUUUCUUUGGACGCGAUCCGAACAGCAUCACGCCGCGAUUCAGUCGCAAGAUGAUGCGUCUGCUGAUUCGCUAUCGCAAUCGGCAGUGGUAUGAGGUGCGCCGCAUCUUCGACUGGGACAAGCUGGAGCGCCAGAAGCCCGAUCCGAAUCGCAAUCAUCCAGACGACGAUGCCAAAAUAGCCGAAGCGCAACGUAAUUUAGGUGACUAUAAGCUAAAGAUUGGCGACGACUACGAGCCCAAGGCUACAGAUACGCUGACAGCCAAGUAUAUAGAGAUUGUCGAGUGUCGGGAGCGUUACUUUGAGAUGUUGGAUAAUUUUAAUCUAAAGGUAUCGGCGCUGCGUGAACGCAAAAAGGAUCUCAUGGAGUUUAUACAGAAGAAGAAGGAGCGAUUGACGCGCUUAUGUGAAUUUCUGCCCGAGAGCAAUCGCUUGGAGGUGAAGCCAAUACGUGAAAUCGAUAUGGAUGCAGAGUAUCCUGAGCUGAAUCUUAUCGAGCACUGCGAGCCUGGCUGCGGCGUCAAUGUGGACGAUAUACUCUAUCUGGAGCAAACUGUGGAUGAAGUUAUUGAGAGUCGCAAGCCAACGAACGUCGUCAGCAGCAUUGUGUUGUUCCAAAUGACAGAGAAUGAUAAGCGUGAUCUGCAUGAGUUUACCAUGUUUGAAAGUUUGCAAAUAAGCACGCUAAAGCGCGCGCUGCCCACUUCGGAGAUUAUCGAGUUUCUCAAUCACCUGCCACCCAUAAGUGAGCCAGCUUACUUUGAUCUAGACGAAGAAAAUAACUCAGCGUUUGUGCACGAGUUGCGACAUCGCUGGCUGCGUCAAUUGGUUACGGAGCAGUUGCACAUACAUGCCGAGCUUGACGAGGAAAUACGACACUUUGAUCUCGAAGUGGACAAGCUGCUCGAUGAGCGUUUCCAUGUUAAGCUAGACAGCGAAUUUAUGGCUGCCUAUUUAAUCACACUCAAUCAGGAAUUGUAUAUUCUACGCGACAGCGAGCAAAUUGAAUCUCAGCUGCUGAUGAAUGCCAAGGUGGCCAUGGCCACACGCAACGAACUGCAGCUAGUCAUCAAUGCCACCAACCGUCAGCUGGAUGAGCUACGCAAGGCUAUUGACAGGCUCAACGAACAAAUUGCUGCCCUCCAGUUGGUCUUCAUGGGCACGGUGAAGGGCCACAAGUUUUACGAUUUCCUGCGUCGCAUAUUCAAAAAGAAAUGGCGUCCACCCAAGCGUAUACAUGCUGAGGAUGAGUCGUCAUCUUCUUCCUCAUCGUCCUCAUCGAGCAGUGAGGAUGCCGCUGAUGCCGCCAGCGUGGAUUCGCUGGAUAUGACCACCAUACGCUUGGACGAAACCACCUGCCCCUCCGGCCUGGAGCGUCCACUCUAUGAGCUCGCCUUUGCCAUGCGUGCUGAUCGUCAUGGACUCGAGCGUAAUCUACUCGAUGCCCAAAAGGAUGUGGAGCGCAAACGGCGCGAAAUUGUCGACAUGCAGACCAAGAUGAAGUACCACGAGGAAGUCUAUCAGCGCGAACUUAACACACUGCUGCAGUUUAGACGCAAUCGCCAACACGAAAUCAACAAGGUACAGGUGUCUGUCGUGCUGCGUAUGGAUCAGGUGCAGCAUUUUUAUGAGGGCGAGGACUAUCGUGACAUGUCUCAGGCCAUACUCUUCGAUUCGGGCAUUUUGGUUGAUCUACGGCGACGUGCUGAGCAGCUGGCGGAGGAAACGGCGGCCACACGACGCUGGCAUCGCAUUAACUUUGUGCACUUGCGUCGCAUGAAUCGCGACAUCAAGUUCAUGCGCUUUGAGAUUACAAGACUGGAGGAGGAGAUUAAGCAGGCCAUGACCAAGCGUUUUGGCUUGAUUGUCAAUCUGGAUGAACUGGAGGAGGAGGUGCUGCGACGCUAUGUCUUUGAUUUGGAGACAACAGCAGAGGAAGAGUUGCGGGCACUCGAAAAGGAGCUGCAGGAGCGACAGUUAGAGUUAAGCCGAUGCGAGGAGGAACUUGUUCAGGAGACGCAGAACAAUACGGAAAAGAUCAAUAUAAUGACAGUUCUGCGGGAGCAGAAAAACAAACUGGACGUCAUCUUGGAGUGCCAGGAGCGCAACUAUGCCAAGUGGGCCAAUCCGCAAUCGUUGAAUCUGGGCUUUGAUAUAGAAAAGCUGCUCAGCAUUGACAAUCAGCUGCUGCUGCAAAUUGAGCAUCUGGAGCGUGAGAUUUGCACACUGCGUCUCAAGUCGAAGCCGCUGCAGAUAAAUGAGCUGGAGCAAUUGCCUCGCUCGCAGCAGCAGCCGCAGGUUAACACUGAAUUUAUGCCCAACGAUAUGGAGCAGGAGAUCUGUCCUACGGUCUUAAAUGUAGAUGCCUUCAUGCUGCCAGCCAUGCCGGAUGAGUUCAUCAUGGAUCGCGUGCAUACCAUAGUGCAAAAGACUUUCAAUCAUUUCUUUGGCAAGCACACUACGCCGGAGAAUAUACGUAAAUUUGCGCAGCGCUCGUCGUUGUAUCUAUGCCAGGCCGCUUAUAACUUUCAGGGCAAGUACACGGAUCGCAUUGCGGACUGCAUUACAGAGCAUCUGGAGAGCAUUGUGCCCAAGAAGUAUUUGCUGCACAUAAGCGCUGAGGAGCUGCGCAAGCUAUUCAACGAGAUUGUCUCUGUAUUUGAGUACGAGCGCAGCGAUGUGAACACAGAGGAGCUCAUCUCGGGUAUAUUUGAUCAUGCCAAGGAGUCGCUGUGCGCCAGAGGCAUUUGUGAAAUCGUAAACCGCACGCACUUUAUUGCCUCACACAUGUUCAAGGAGCUGGUCGAGGUGCUGCCGCUGGAAGAGUUUCAGUCCAAUGAAACUUUACGCAUUGUUGUGGACGUGCUAGAGCGCGAGCCCAUGGUAGAUCCACGUGCCAUUAAUGUAGAGGAGCUGGUAGCUACUACGCUGGCGCAUGCCAAGGAGAAUCUAUUGGAUGGCAUCACAGCUGUGCCGCUACGUCAGCUGGCCAAGAAUAUACAACGCGAUCUGCUGAAGCGUCGCCAGCUAAAGCCGCCCAAUUGCCAGUCGCCGCUGGCGGUGCGCAUAGCGUCCAAGAAGACCGGCACAGGCACAGGUUUACCUUUCUAGGCUUAAUAAUAGAUACAGCACAAAACUAUUUAUAUUAAAAAAGA